GCGUCAUUCAUCGCCUGCCUCGCCUCAAGAAGACAGCCUCUCUUUUCUUACCUGAACUUACUUCAUUGUUAUAGCCUUCCAUAGCCACAAAAGAUGCAAAUCUUCGUGAAAACACUUACCGGAAAGACCAUCACCCUUGAAGUUGAGCCUUCUGACACAAUCGAGAACGUCAAGGCCAAGAUCCAAGACAAGGAAGGAAUCCCACCUGACCAGCAGCGUCUUAUCUUCGCUGGCAAGCAACUUGAAGAUGGCCGUACUCUUUCCGACUACAACAUUCAGAAGGAGUCUACCCUUCAUCUUGUUCUCCGCCUCAGGGGAGGAAUGCAAAUCUUCGUGAAGACACUUACCGGAAAGACCAUCACUCUUGAAGUUGAGCCUUCUGACACUAUUGAGAACGUCAAGGCUAAGAUCCAGGACAAGGAAGGAAUCCCACCCGACCAGCAGCGUCUUAUCUUUGCCGGAAAGCAGCUUGAAGAUGGCCGCACUUUGUCUGAUUACAACAUCCAGAAAGAAUCCACACUCCAUCUUGUUCUCCGCCUCAGAGGAGGAAUGCAAAUCUUUGUCAAGACUUUGACCGGAAAGACCAUUACUCUUGAAGUUGAGCCUUCCGAUACCAUUGAAAACGUAAAAGCCAAGAUUCAAGACAAGGAAGGAAUUCCACCCGAUCAGCAGCGUCUUAUCUUUGCUGGCAAGCAGCUUGAAGAUGGCCGCACUUUGUCUGAUUACAACAUCCAAAAAGAGUCUACACUUCAUCUUGUUCUCCGCCUCAGGGGAGGAAUGCAGAUUUUCGUAAAGACACUUACCGGAAAGACCAUCACUCUUGAAGUUGAGCCUUCUGACACUAUUGAAAAUGUUAAAGCUAAAAUCCAAGACAAAGAAGGAAUCCCACCCGAUCAGCAGCGUCUUAUCUUUGCCGGAAAGCAGUUGGAAGAUGGCCGUACUCUUUCCGAUUACAACAUCCAAAAGGAAUCUACACUCCAUCUUGUUCUCCGCCUCAGGGGAGGAAUGCAGAUUUUCGUAAAGACACUUACCGGAAAGACCAUCACUCUUGAAGUUGAGCCUUCUGAUACCAUUGAGAAUGUCAAGGCUAAGAUCCAGGACAAGGAAGGAAUCCCACCUGAUCAACAGCGUCUUAUCUUUGCUGGAAAGCAGUUGGAAGAUGGCCGUACUUUGUCUGACUACAACAUUCAAAAGGAGUCUACACUUCAUCUUGUUCUCCGCCUGAGGGGUGGUUUCUAAACUACUCUCUACUGGAUCUGCCAUAAAACUUAUGAACAUUGUUAUCUCCUUAACAUUGAUUUUUGCUUAGAUAUGUAGUACAUAGUUAUUUCCUUAAUACAAACAAAAGAAACUUUCAUUAUUAUUAGACAUAACCAUUGAAAACAACAA